UCGCUACUUCACGACUUCAGAGCCUUAGAGCGAUGAGCCUUGAACGCGGCCUGGGCAAUUUCAGGAGCGUGGCAGAAGCUUCGCGGACCGACCCGCUCCUGCGCGCAGCGAAUUGCCUGGUUCUGAUUUUCCCGUUCUAUACAGCUGCAGGAUAUGUGUGUGACACCCAGUACAAGCGCUACCUAGAGAGGCGCCGGAAGAGAAUCGCUCGAGCAUCCUCAUGCAGCGCUCGGCUGCAGCUCACUGUGAGCCGCGAGGAAGCAGAGAAGGACGAAUGGCAGAUGCAGCUGUUGACAGCCUUGGGUGAGCGGCUCCAGUUGCCAGCGACGCGGCUCCAGUUGCAGGGCCUUUGUGAGGGCCAAGGUCUGGCGCUGAAGGUUCAGCUCACGCGGCCUCAGGAGGCCUCGCAAGAACCUUCCUGCCGCGAUCUUUGGCACAAGCUCAAAGUCACGCUGAAGGCGUGCGAUGGGCCCUUGACGGCCGUUAGGGACAUCCUGGUGGACGGUGACCAGGUAGAGAAGAAGUGCUACUCCAUUUGGCUGACACCAAAGAGCGCAGCCGCUGAUCUUUGUAAGAAGACCAUCUCGGAUCUUAGCGAGUCGGAUGGUCCAACAUGUCACGCCCAUGUGCCAAUCCUGCAGUAUAUCGACAUGGAUCAGCAGGAGAUCAGCAGCGUAGUGGAGCGUGUGGCGCGAGAGACGUCGCCCAUCGCAGUGGAGUUCGACUCUUUGGACCGCGGGGACGACUUCUACCGUCGCGUGUACUUGCGUGCAAAAAAGACCCCGGAGCUGUGUGCGCUGCACAUGGACUUGGCGUCGCUGCUGCCGCGUUCCACGAUCCCCAACCUGGGCAAAGGGCAUCGCCAGAGCUGGCUGGACAUGGCGUCCCACCCCUUUGAGCCGUGCUUGCCGCUGUGCUAUGGGAAGCUCACACCAGGAGCUGCGAAAUUGGCACUGGAAGAAGCCAAUUUCGUGGCCCCAGAGCUCAGUCUUUGGGAGACCCAGGUGGACGAUGUCAGCUGCAAGUCGUGGAAGCAGAUCUCCAGCUUCAAGUUCGAGGGCAAGAAGCCCCCGUCUUUCGGGCGCCUUUUGCUUCGAUUCUCCCGAGAGGCCGCACCCGAGUUCCUGAAGAUUGGGGUCGGCAGCGUUUGCAGCGUUCUGGCCAACCUUUUGGUCGAUUUGGCCUGUAGCCACGACUCGGACCUUUACACUGGGAAGUAUAUUGGCAAGAGCACUGAGGAGCUCAUUCGUGUCCUGGGUCGAGGUAUGCUGCUUUGGGGCAGCUUCAUGCAGCUGAGUGAUUUCUCCAAUGACAUCAUGCGCAGCGCCGGGAAGCAAAUCGGGUGCCGGCUCCGAAAGCAGCUGUUUUCUUGCCUCAUCCAGCAAGAUGUGAAAUGGAUUCAACAGAAAGGUGCGGAUGAGCUGUACAAGACCCUGAUGACGCGGACCGAUAAUAUUCAGCGGGUUUUCACCAAUAAGCUUCCGAACAUCAUCAGCAUGCUUGCCAACCUGGUGACCAAUAUUGGCUUCCUGUGGCUCUCGAAACCUCGGCUUUGCGCAUUUGGCAUCGGCAUGUUCGCCUUUCAGAACAUCGGCCGGGGCAUCUGGGAGACCUUGCUGAAGGUGGUGAAGGACCACGAGGAGCAGCGGAGCGAAGCCAAGGAGAACGCCCUGGAGGUGCUGCAGAACUUCCGGGUGGUCCGCGCCUUCGCGCGGGAGGACAAGGAGAAGAAGGCCUUCGCCAAGUUCAUGUCCGAGGAGCUGAAAAUUCGGGCCAGCGACUUCGUAGAGAAGAUCAGCGACUUUGGAAGCUGGUUCACUUCCGAGUUUGCCUUUCAGGUGGCGUAUUUGUAUGGCGGGAUCUUGGUGAACAUCAAGUACAUCAGGGCCGAUGAAGUGAAGGACGCCGUGCAGAAGGCAUUCAAGGCCACCAGGCCAUUGUACCAGUUGCGGCGGAACCUGUUGAGAAAGUCGACCUUUGUGGAAGACGCCUGUGCCGUGCUGGAAGCGCUGGAGAGGCCUCCGGACAUACCCUUCGAGGAUGACACCAAGUUCAAUCCGAAACCCGAGGAGGUCAUUGGGGAGAUCGAGGCCAAAGGUGCCUCCUUUAGCUACGGAGAUGACCUGGAGGCAGCUGCGCUAAAGGAUCUGAACUUCCGCAUUCACCAGGGCUCCAUGGUGGGACUAGUUGGACCUUCGGGCUGUGGCAAAUCCACCCUUUUCAACCUCCUCCUGCGCUUCUACGACCCCCAGAUGGGUUCCAUUUGCAUCGACGGAAAGGACCUGGCCAGUUGGAACCCCCAGGCACUGUACCGCGCUGUGGCCUGGGUCUCCCAGGAUCAGUGCGUCUUCAAGGGCUCGGUCAUCGACAACAUCCGCUACGGGUUGCCGGAGGCUAGUGAGGAGGAGGUGCUGCGUGUGAUGCGCGAGGCGGAUCUUUACGAUGACGUGCUGAAAAAGCCCAGUGGUGUGGACACACCGGCCAAUGAGCUGAGCGGAGGCCAAAAGCAGCGGCUCUCCAUCGCGCGGGCCCUGCUGCGGAAUCCUAAGAUCCUUCUCUUGGACGAGGCAACCUCGGCCCUGGACACCGUGUCCGAGCGCAAGGUGCAAAAAGCGUUGGACAAGCUCAUGAAGGGCAGGACGGUGAUCGCCAUUGCACACCGUCUUUCCACCAUCGUGAACGCUGACCUGAUCAUAGUGAUGGAGGCGGGGAAGAUCAUCGAGCAGGGCACCCAUGCGGAGCUGCUGAGGAAGCCUGGGAAGUAUGCGGACUUGGUGAAGCAGCAGCUCGCAGUGGAGGAGAAGAAGGAGGAGAAGACCACGGAUCCCCAGGCAGUGGAGGACGGAGCUGUGAAGCUCGAGAAGCUUCGAGCCAAGGUGCCUGAAGAGUUGCAGCCCGAGGUGGAUGAGGCGGUGCAGGCCUUGCGGGAUGCAGCGGCGACGCUGCGUGAAGAGAGGAAGCGGCUGGCGAUGAAGGAGCGUAGCCUGAUGGAUGUCGGCUCGAAGUGGAAGACCGCAGGCAAGGUGCGCCAAGCUGUGCGGGUCCUUCAACUUGUGCGUGCCUCCAGUGAGGAGACGCCGCAGCGCGCGCCCCCGGUGCUGCAGAGGCACCUCUCCGCUGGCACGGAGGUUCCACCUGAUCCGGAUUCUCCGUGAGCUUUGACUGUGAGAGUGAGCCAUGGUCAAAUCAACCCGUGACUGAGUCCGUUGC